ACACGUCGGUUCACGCCCGAACCCACGCGAUGGCCGCCGCCAUGACCGCCACUAGGGUUAUCACCCUCGCCUCCGCCAAGCCCGCGGUCGCGGUUCGCCGCGCCGCGACGCAGCGCCGCGGCGCCACGAUCGCCGUCCGCAGCGCCCCCGAGGAGGUCUCCCCCAACGCCUCCGUCUCGGCUUCGUGCUCCAUCGACGACCCGUCCUCCUGCUCCCUCGCGGACCUCGAGAUGAUGUACAUCGACGCGCUCUGGAACUACUACAACGGCGGCGACUUCACCCUCACCGACGAGCAGUACGAUCGCCUCAGGGAGGAGCUCAACUGGCAGGGAUCCGGCUUCCCCACCCUCCGCAGGUACGAGGUGCAGUUCGUCGAGGCUGCCAUCUCCUACGCCAGGGGCGAGCCCAAGGUUUCCGACAAGGAGUACGAGGAAUUGAAGCGCAAGGUGAGAGCCGCUGGCAAGCGCGACGACGUCACCGCGCUCCUCCUCUACACCAAGGGCCAGCAGCUCCUCGAGCCCGAGCAGUUCAACCAGCUCCGCGACGAAAUGUCCAAGCUCUCCAUCGACGUCGGCCUCCGCGGCGCCACCUGCACGCUGUCCAACACCUCCACCGACCUCACCGCGGACAGCGGCACCGUCACCAAGAUGUACGCCGCGCUCGCCAUCGUCCCCUCCCUCAUCGGCAUCGUCCCGUACCUCGGAGCCACCGUCUUUGGCGUGGACGUGCCCCCCGCCGCGGGUCUCGGCUUCGCCGCCACCAUUGCGCUCGGCCUCACCAGCAUGAUCGUCAACUACACCAACCUCCAGAACGCGACGAUCCUCACCGGCCAGUGCCCGUGCUGCGAGGAACCCAUCAAGCAGUUCUUCGGCGGCGAAAACCCGGCGACGAGCAUGGACUACAAGUGCCCGGUGUGCGGCACCGAGUCCAAGCUGGACCGCGUCGAGAUGAAGAUCAAGGAGGCGGGUGGCCUCAAGUCGGCUUAAAUUUUUUUGAGGAGGAGGUGCGAAGAAGUGACGACUUCAUAUUUGACGAGUAUUUGUUUCCGGGGAAUACGGCGGAUCCCGGUGGAUUGUUGCUCCCUUCCGAGUGGACGAACGGGAGGGGUUGAGCGGGCGGGCGGGGUGCCCGCGUGUGCCUACUAGACAAGAGGGUUUGGCAGUUGCUAUAAUAAAACUGAGCCCGGCGUG